UCUUUGCACCAGCUGGUACAAAGGACGGCACUAACUUGGUACGUUCCAUACUGACGCGACGCAGUUUGAGGCAGGAUGGCGGUUGAUUUGACUCCCAGGUAUCGGAAGAUUAACAAUCAGCUGGAGUGUAGCGCCACGUCAAACAACAGCAGUUACAGUAGUAGACAAGGAUAUUCUGGUCCCUUUCGUGCAACCUACUUGUGGAACAAUAUCAUUCAUGCUCUUCAGACACAGGUGGAAGUGAGAAGACGGAGGCUUCACCUAAGAACAUAUAAUGACUGUUUCACUGGCUCUGAUGCAGUUGAUGUGGUGCUCAGUCACCUAAUGCAGAACAUCUAUUUCAGCAGUAAUGAUAUUUCUCGCCUGAAGGGGGUACGCCUCUGCCAGGCAUUCAUGGAUCACAGAGUAUUUGAGCCUGUUGGUACAAGGCUGUUUGGGAAAGAAAAGGAAGUGGUGUUUGAAGACUCCAAUAACAGUCUUUAUAGGUUUUUGGAUAAUGACACUACUAUCUGCUCAUUAAAAAAUGGCAAUGAUUUUGAGACCCCUUCUCGUGAAGAUGGAUCAGGAGAGAAAAAAUCACCUAGAUGUGAACAAGGGACAACAAUUUCAAACCCACUAGCUUUGGAAUCAUCUGAUGAAAGAAUUGAGAAGCUUUUAGAAACUAUUAACUUGCCACCUUCAUUGCCUUCUAACAUUGAAGUGAAUGGACGAGCUAAUGUACUUUCAAAGAAAGUUGUUGAGGAAGUAUGGAAGCAGCAGACUCUUCUCCAACUGCUUCAACUAAUUGAUCUUCCCAUCUUGGACAGUAUUUUGGAAUCUCCAGUAAAAGCUGAGCAGCGAAAAAACAAUCACUUUAACAGGAAAGAUGAUAUUGUCAUUUCCAACACAUUCUUGGACAGAGAAGUUCUGCUCUGUUUAAAUCUACCACAGCUUGACACAUGGCUUUCACUGGCUGUUGAAUGUUUGGAGUACUUUCCAGAUCAGCUGAUAGUAGGAAUUAAUGAACAGUUUUCACAACUUGGGAAAGAAGGUGGUGUGGAUGCAUAUAAAAGACUGCUGUUUGACACUGUAGCAAAAUACUACAGUCAAGACAAAGAUCCUUUAUUAAGCAGUCGGUAUUUUGAUAUUCACUCAGGAAUCUGUCAUCUGCUGGAGAGUGGGAAAACUUCCCAGGCACUUGAAGCUGCUCAGCUUUGUGUUCGAUUGCUGCAGCCAAAUCAAAGAGAAGAACUGCGAAGACUGCUUUCCUUCAUGGAAGUUGUGGCUCAACCUGAAGGCUACAGAUUACAAAAACAGUCUGAUAACAGGUCAGUGGUCUGCAGGGCAUUUUUGAAGGCAGUAGUGCAGAACAAAUCCCUAUCAAAGCCUCAGACUGAGUGUCUUGUCAUGUUUCUUAUGGAUCAACACACUGAACUCUUCAAGACUCCCUCAAGUUUGCUGGAGCAGGUUAGAAGGAAGCUUUGCUCACUGCAAGAAGGAAAAGAUCCAGAUGCUAAUGCAGGCUUAACAUUUUGUCAAAUGCUGCCCCUGAAGGAAUAUGAAAAACAGAAGCAGGAAACAACAGCACAGCAGCUUCAACAUCUUAUUGCCUGCAUUGACCAGAAUCAGUCCAUUCCUAUAAAGGACAAGAAGAAACUGCUUAAGGAGUUUCAGAAGCAUCAUCCUGUAUUGUUUCUUCAGCAGUUUACAACUGAUUUGUUUUAGUGUACCAAAUAAUUGCACAUUUUUGCACCUUACAGAAGAAAAAGAAGGAAUUAAUGAAAGGGCCAUUUUGUUUUUAUCUUUUGCUUCAUAGAAAAUGAUUUGCAUUCCUAGACUUUUGUAUUUUAUGUCAUGCUUUUCUUAUUGUUUGACAUAAUUGAUAGUGAAGGAGAAAUGUCACAGAAUAGUAAUA